CCGCAACGCCCGUUUCGAAAGCUGUCUUCCAAGCUGGAGCCCGAAGAAACAACAGCACAACGCUUGAACGCUUCCUCUUCCGGCCUGAAACCCUUUACUCGAGCAGCUCUCGAUUACAGUCUCCCCUCCAAAGUCCAAAGCACUCGAGUACCCUCUACAAUCCAAAAGACCUUCACACCUUCACACCUUCGCGUCGCAUCGCCUUCUCGUUUCAGCUGGGUUGCCAAACCUCCCUUGCUACUAAACAGCACCACCAUCCUGUCUGUCUCUGUCCGCCAUGGAGCACACAAUUGCGUCCAUAUCGGAACUCAACACAAGAGGUGCCGCGGCUCUCGCGAGCGGCCAUGUGAAUCUAGCGUUCGAAUCGUUUAGCAGUGCGUUGGAGCUGUUGGGUACCUUCAUUCGACAUGGACCUGCCCCUGAAUCCUUGGGGCCUAUUGACGGGAGCGCAUCUAAUAGCUACGGCUGCAGCAAUGGAUCACCUGUUGGGUUAACCUGGGCGUCAGCUUUGAAGGAGGCCAAGUCGGCGCAUUUGCAGUUUUCCGGCAGGAAUCCUUCCUUCAGCCCAAGCGCACCCGCACCAACUAUCACAACCUUUGAGCAUCAGCACUUUGUGUACAAGGAGGCACUUGUCUUUAAUCCAUCUCUUGUUCUCUCUCCGCACGCGACCAUGACGUUUCUACCCGUGUGCCUGGCCAUGGUUCAGUUCAACUUGGGCCUAACUUACCAGAUGAAAACCAAGGAUAUUGGAGAGCAAGCCUUGAUCCGGGCUCUGACCUGGUAUGACCUGUGUCUGGCACAGGUCCAGUGUUCGGUCCAUGCAGGUAUGCCAGGAUACAUGAACAUUGUGGUGGCUGCCAUGAACAACAUGGCCAUUGCCAGCUACGACCUCUGUCACUUUGGGAAGGCCCGCCACAUCUUUGGCACUCUAAUGGAAGUGGUUUCAUCAAACAGUAUCAACGAUAGGAUCCAGAACUUCGGGGAAGCUCAUAUGCAAGGAUUGCUUUUGAAUAUCAUCUUGCUUCACGUUGAUGCCAUUGCUCCGGCAGCCUAAGUAAGCAAGGGAGCAAGGGCAACGAGAGAAGACCCCGCUAUGCGGUGGAUUGGUCACCACGCAAUACGUUCCAACAACAAGUGCAGGUCGUCAUGGAUGCACUGCAUUCAUGUAGCGAGAUAACAACAGUAUGUAGUCAUUGCUUGUGUGUCAAAAGUGGACGGUGAAUAAAUACUGCUUGUUGGCUAAAGAUUGCGUUAGAUAUGGCUGGCUGUAGCACUGCACAAUAUUUUCAAUCCCCCGUCAAGGGUGCGUUGCUCAAUACGACGAUCCAUUUUCAUCGUCUACCCUCCAUCACAAAAGGACCGAGCAAAUAGCAAUCGCUGCCCCAUCUUCACAACGUUUCUGGUCAGUGAGGUGGCGCUUGCUACCAGUACCAGUACCUUGAUGGUGCUGUCGCUGGCGUAUCCACUCUUGGGUUGGGUGGUGGUGUGUUCGCAUUCUACCAAGGUACAUGUACAUUGACCAGACGAGAAAAUCGUGAGAUUGCGGUGUAUGAAUCCACCAUACUGGCUACACUGUAGUACGUAGGUUGGGAACAAGCAAUGAAGCAAGGGCGCUGGGAGGAACAAGUCUACUACUGUAUGUCAGGCCUCCAGCCCCUGUUGGAUGGCGCCCAGCCAGUAGCUAGCUAGCCAAACUCCCCAAUCAUAACUGCGACGACUACUGUCCUUAGUAGGCAAUAUAGUAGCUAUGCAUCGAUGAUCGCGCCGAUUCUUCC